AAGUGGCGGGCGGGGACUGAGGGGGGCGUGCAGGUGAGCCGACGGGCGGGUUUCGCCGGCAUGGCCGAGGCCAGGAAACGCCGGGAGUUGCUUCCCCUGAUCUACCAGCAUCUGUUACAGGCAGGCUAUGUGCGCGCGGCGCGGGAAGUGAAGGAGCAGAGUGGCCAGAAAAGUUUCCUGACUCAGCCUGUAACCCUUAUGGACAUCUAUACUCACUGGCAACAAACCUCAGAGGUUGGCCAGAAGCGGAAGGCGGAGGAGGAUGCAGCGCUGCAGGCUAAGAAGACCCGAGUGUCAGACCCCAUUAGCAGCUCUGAGAGCUCGGAAGAGGAGGAGGAGGAGGAGGCAGAAGCUGAAGCCGCCAAAGCCAGUAAGCAGGCCCUGCCUGCUGGGGGAGCUCCUGCCGCCCCAAGACUAGCGGCUACCAACUCCUCAGCGGCGGGGCCGGUUUUGCCGUCGGGUGCAAAGGAGAAAGCCAAGGCGAAGACCAAGAAAGCCAGCAAGAUGGUGAACUCCACACCACAUCCGGCCUCUGGAAAAGCAGUGGCCCACCUUCUGUCUGGGAGGUCCCCCAGGAAGUCAGCAGGGCCCUUGGCAAAUACCGUUCUGGUGUCAGAAACUGAGGAGGAGGGUGGCGUCCCGGCCCUCGGAACCACAGCCAAGCCUGGAAUGGCCUCAGCCAACCAGCUUGACAGCUCCAGCGAGGAGACCUCCAGCUCGAGCGAUGAGACCUACGUGGAGAUGAAACCUUCAGUAAAACCACCCCAGGUCAAAGCCUCACCAGUGCCUGCCAAGGACUCUCUAGGAAGAGGGGCAGCCCCAAUGCCUGGGAAGGCAGGGGGUGUGACCCCCCAAGUCAGAGGAGGUGCCCUGACCCCAGCCAACAAGGCCAAGGUGCCAGAAAAGGACUCCGAGAGCAGCGAAGAGGAGUCUGAGAGUGAGGAGGGCGCCCCUGCGGAGCCGCCCCGCCAGGUGAAGGCCUCAGACACAGUUGUCCAGGUCAGAGCUGCAUCGGGUCCUGUCAAGGGGAACUCUGGGAAAGGGGCGACCCCAGCACCCCCUGGGAAGGCAGGGCCUGCAGCUGCGCAGGCCACGGCCGGGAAGCCAGAGGAGGACUCAGACAGCAGCAGUGAGGAGGAAUCUGACAGCGAGGAGGAGGCGCCGGCUGCUAAGACACCACUUCAGGUGAAGCCUUCAGGGAAGACCCCCCAGGUCAAAGGUGCCUCAGCUUCUGCCAAGGAGUCCCCUAGGAAAGCAGCUCCUGCACUGCCCCCUGGCAAGGCAGGGCCUGUAGCCGCCCAGGUGGGGAAGAGGGAAGACGACGCAGAGAGUAGCACUGAGGAGUCCGACAGCGAGGAGGAGGCCCCAGCAGCUGUGCCCCCAGCCAAGAGCCCUGCUCAGGCAAAACCUUUGGGGCAAAACUCCCAAGUCAGAGCUGCCUCGGGUCCUGUCAAGGGGGCCCCUCAGAAGGUGGGGCCGGCAGCCACCCCAGUAGGGAAACAGGAGGAGGACUCAGAGAGCAGCAGCGAGGAGGAAUCAGACAGUGAGGCGGAGGCGCCGUCCCAGGCAAAAUCCUCUGGGAAGAUCCAGGUCAGACCUGCCUCAGGUCCUGCCAAGGGGCCCCCUCAGAAGGCAGGGUCUGUGACCACCCAGGGCAAGGCCAAGGUGUCCAAGGAUGACUCGGAGAGCAGUGAGGAGUCAGACAGUGACGAGAAGGCACCUGCAGCCCCGGCUCCAGCCCAGGCAAAACCAGCUGUGAAAACACCCCAGAUCAAGGCCUCCCCAAGGAAGGGCACCCCCAUUACCCCAGCACCUGCCAAGGCCCCCCCAGCGCGAGUGGGCACGCCAGCUCCUUGGAAGGUGGGAGCAGCAACUUCUCCAGCCUGUGCCUCAUCCCCAGCUAUGGCCAGGGGCGUCCAGGGGCCAGAGGACUCUUCAAGCAGCGAGGAGUCCGACAGUGAGGAGGACCUCGCUCCUGCCCCAGCCGUGGGACAGGCAAAGCCUGUGGGGAAAGGUGUCACCGUGAAAACUGCCUCUACACCCACCAAAGGGCCCUCAGGCCAAGGGACUGCCGCAGCACCCCCUGGAAAGGCAGGGCCUGCAGUGGCCCCAGUCAAAGUCAAAGCUGAGCUGCCGGAAGACUCCUCGGAGAGCAGUGAGGAGGACUCUGACAGUGAGGAGGCGGCCAAAGCUCCUGCCCAGAUGAAGGCCUCUAUGAAAACUCCUCAGAGCAAAGCCAACCCAGCUCCCACCAGAGCAGCUUCAGCCAAAGGGGCAGCAUCAGCUCCAGGAAAAGGGGUCAUGGCAGCUGCUCAAGCCAAGCAGGAGUCCCCAGCCAAGGUAAAGCCACCAGCGAGAACUCCCCAGAGCAAUGCUGUCUCAGGGAGGAGCCAGGGGUCCUUGCCAGCUGUGGGAAAGGCAGUGGCCACAGCAGCCCCGGCACAGCCGGGGCCAAUCAAGAGCCCACAGGAGGAGGACUCAGAGAGCAGCGAGGAGUCGGACAGUGAUGGAGAGGUCCCCACUCAGCCUGCAGGGAAGAGCCCCCAGGUCAGAACUGCUUCAGCCCCCAGCAAGGAGUUCUCCAGGAAAGGGGCUGCAGCGGCCCCUCCCAAGAAGACAGGAGCCAUGGCCACCCAGGCAGGGAAGCCAGAGGAGGACUCGGAGAGCAGCAGUGAGGAGUCUGACAGCGAGGAGGAGGCGCCAGCCCAGGCGAAACCUGCUAUAAAGCACCCGCAAACCAAGGCCUCCCUGAUGAAAGGUGUCCCGGGCACUCCUGUAUCCACCGAGGCCUCCGUAGCCCGAGGAGACACGCCAGCCCCACAGAAGGCGAGACCAGCAAUUCCUGCCAAGAAGGAGGGUAUCUCCAAAGCUGCCAGAAGCAAGCCCCUGGCACCAGUACCCCCAGAGAAGAACGCAGAGGGGUCCUCAGAGAACAGUGACGAGGAGUUGCCAUCCAGCCAGGUGAUUAAACCCCCUCUGAUUUUUGUCGACCCUAACCGUAGUCCAGCUGGCCCAGCUGCUACCGCCACGCACGCCCCAGCUAUAAACACCCCGAGGAAGGCCCGGGCCUCUGAGAGCACUGCCAGGAGCUCCUCCUCUGGGAGUGAGGAUGAAGAUGUGAUCCCCGCGACGCAGUGCUCCACUCCUGCCAGUAGAACCAGCACAAGUGUGCUCACAGCCCAGCCAAGGCCAGCCGUCAGAGCCAACGCCGUGAGGGCCGGCAGCGGCACGGCGUCUGGUCAGGUGUCAGAAGGCAAGAAACAGGAGGCACCCGUUGCUCAGGUGACAAAGAGGAGCCCUGCUCACCUCCCGCUGACCCAGGCCACCCUGAAGGUCCUUGCCCAGAAAGCCAGUGAGGCCCAGCCUCCUGCUGCCAGGACCUCGUCUUCCAGUGGGGUUGAUAGUGCUCUGGGAACACUCCCUGUUCCAGCCAAGGGGACCAACAAGGUCAGAAAGCCUGAGGUCCCUGCGCUCCAGCGCGCCACAGCCACUCCCACUGGACGCACCAAAGCCAAGGCCUCUGACACCUCCAGUGACAGUGAUGACAGCAGCGGCAGCUCCUCAGGGAGCGAGGAGGAUGCUGACGGGCCCCAGAUGGCUCCCUCGGCCCCCAGGCUAGUAGGUCCAGCCCCCUCCACGACAGAGACCUUGGUGGAGGAGACCACAGCAGAGUCCAGCGAGGACGAGGUGGUGGCACCCUCUCAGUCUCUCCUCUCAGGUUAUGUGACCCCUGGGCCGACUCUGGCCAAUUCCCAAGCUUCAAAGGCCACUCCUAGGCCAGACCUCAACCCCUCGGCUUACUCUACUUCUGCCACCAAAGAUGCCCCAGACGGCAAGCAGGAAGUGGAACCCCAACAUGUAGCAGGUGCCGUAUCCCCUAAAACAAGCAGAAGAGAGGCUAAUCCCACGCCUCAGAAGCCCCGGAAGCCCAAGAAGGAGGCCGGGAACCCCCAGGCCUCAGUGCUGGCACUGCAGAGUGACAUCAGCCGGCGCCUCCUGAGCGAGCCCUGGCCCCUGAAUGAGGCCCAGGUGCAGGCCUCGGUGGUGAAGGUCCUGACAGAGCUGCUGGAGCAGGAGAGGAAGAAGGCCGCGGACGCUGCCAAGGACACUGGCAGGAAGGGCCGGGUGGGCCGCAAGAGGAAGCUGUCGGGGGACCAGACGGCCGCCAGAGCCCCCAAGAGCAAGAAGAAGAAGCAGCUGGUGGCCGGGGGAGGUGGGGAGGGUGCUGGCUUGCCAGAAAAGGUCCUCAGGACUCCCAAGGGGAAAGCCAAGAAAGAUGGAGCAAGUGGUAACAUCAAGGAGAAGGAGAAAGAGGCUCCUGGCUCCCAAGGAGCCAAGGAGAAGCCAGAAGGGGAGCCAGGGACACUGAAAGUUGAGGUUGGAGACCAAGGCAACCCAAAGAGCAAGAAGGAGAAGAAGAAAUCUGACAAGAAAAAGAAAGACAAGGAAAAAAAGGAAAAGAAGAAGAAAGUAAAAAAGGCCUCAGCCAAAGACCCUGACUCGCCAUUCCAGAAGAAAAAGAAGAAAAAGAAGAAGACGGCAGAGCAGACAGUCUGAGGGGCCCGCGGCGACAGGGAUUUCCUAGCCAAGUGGCGACCAGCCCCGUGCCUCAGCCCUCCGCCCACCACGGGCUGGAACUGAAUCUUUAACUCCCCUCCCUCCCCAGAAGAAGCCCGCCAGCCGAGCUGUGUCCGCGCUGGCCGAGCAGUGAGCCCUGCAGGGAGGCUGGUCCGAGGGGGCGGCGGCCAAGCGUCCAGCUCCGGGGACUUGCACUCGCUGACUCCGCGUCUGACUUCUGUCCUGACACAGAUUGCUUCCUAGAGAUGUGUACAGUAUAUAUAUAUUUUUUUAAGUGACCCGCCCCUCUCCCUUCAAACCCAACAGGCCCAGAGGCCUUGGACUUUCCACCUCUGGGCCCUGCAGACCUAGCAAGGCCCAGCCUGCAGCUCCUUCCACAUCUCUGGUCUCUGGCUGAUGCAGAGG